GUGCUGUGUGCUGUGCGUGUUCGAAUUAAAGGUCGUCUGAGCAAAUCAUCAUUAUAUUCGGGAGUUUUGUUUUAUAAGAAGACCACUGUGUCGAUCGUCUUCGUGUUCGUGUUCCUGCUGCUGAAUUAAACAAAUUAUUUAAUAGAAAGGGGAAUUAGGGUUUCUGAUUUAAUUUGGGGAUUGAUUGCUGAAUUAAUUCGUGUUCUUGUUGGUGUUCGUAAUUAAUUAUUGAUGGCUGGAAACCCUAAUCAUUUCUGGGGCAUGCUUCACUCUUCACAAUCAUCCUCUCAUUCUUCUUCUUCUUCUGCUCAUCAUUUUCCUGCAAUUAGGUCUUGGAGCCAACUCCUUCUGGGAGGAUUGGCAGGUGGAGACGAAGAUAAUUGGGAGGAUCAUCAUCAUCAUCAUCAUCAAGUUUUGGAUAUGAAUCCAUCUGAUAAUUUGAUUAGGGUUUCUGCAGAUGACGAUGAUGUGAAGCAAGAAAAACUAUUAUUCACUCCACCUCAAUCUAAUCAAUUAUCCACUACUUAUUACAAUCUCAACCUCAUCGAUCAGACCAAUACUACAAACAAUAAUUCCACCUGGCCUCCAUUGAUUUCUUCCCCAAACGAUUCAUGUUCCAGCAAAACUUCUUCACCAGCCUUCACCAUCCCUUCCUCCGCCGCUCUGCCGCCGCCGUCAGGGAAGAGACGCCAGAACAGUGAUCAUCCUGAUCAGUGCAAGAGCAAAGGGAAUGGUUGGGUGCAACCCAAGAAGCCUAGGGUACAACACUCUUCAGCACAGCCAGCUCUCAAGGUGAGGAAGGAGAAAUUAGGGAACAGAAUAACAGCACUUCACCAACUAGUUUCCCCUUUUGGAAAGACUGAUACAGCUUCUGUGCUGUCCGAAGCCAUUGGCUACAUAAGAUUCCUCCAGUCUCAAAUUGAGGCAUUGAGCUCUCCUUACAUGCCAAGUUCAAACACAAUUGUUCACCACCAUUCUUUCAUGAAUGAGCAUAUGAAUAUGGAUGGCAGAGGAAACCCUAUUCAGGACUUGACCAGCAGAGGGCUGUGUCUAGUUCCCAUCUCCUGCACCCAACACGUGGCCGACGACAGCGCCGCCGAUUUCUGGGCUCCGGCGGCGGCGCCGGCGGAGGCUUCUGAAUUCCGCAAUGCAAGGAGGGACGACGUCGUUUCAUCAUAUUCGAACACAGAGCUGCUCUGUAAUAACAUCAGCAGCAGCUAUUCUAGGAAGCUUAGGCUCUCUGACUAACUCAUCUCAUUAGUUGCUUCUUCAAGUACUUUUACAAUUGUUUAAUAAUUAUAUAUAUAUUUGACAUUCAUUGAUAUUACUAGUCAAUAAUGACGUGAUAACCCUUUUAUGCUUAGCAAGUCUGCUUACAUAAAUAUUUUUUAAGAAAGGCCCUUAUUAC